UUAGUGACUCACACAAGUUGCCCACUUCCUUUUUAACAGCCUUUCCUACAACCAACAACAAAUAAUAAGGAAUCUACAUCUGCAGCAAUGGAUCAGAGGAUGGACGGAGACAGGAGGAGAUGAGGAUUCAGUGUGCAUAUGUUGUUUUCAUCAGGCCUGAAAUGGGAAGAGGAGGAUAAUCUGACACAAAACUUUCCUGAAGAGCCCAGCAGAGUGCGGAGGGGAGAGCGUGGCGGCUUCAUGCAGAGUGGAUGGGACAGAGGAGUUGGAACCAAAUGGACAGCUCAGGGAUGAACAGGAGGACGGCGAUGCCACCACAGUCUCCGGGGCUGAGCGGGAGUCCACCGCAGAGCCCUGUGUCGCCCAAGAAAACCGCCCUUCAGUCUCUGGGAUCCAUGUCAGAGAUGUUCUCCCCGAAGCAGGUCAAGCGCCCCUCUCACGCGGCAAAGCCGCCUGCAAACCCUCUGAAUUCCCCCUCUCUUUCCAUCAUGAGCUCUCCAAAGCUCUGGCAUAAGGCUUCUGUCUCCAGACUGGCGGAGGAGUUUUUCUGGAUUGGUGGGAGUGUGGUUGCACAGCCCAAAUGGAGACUGGGUCAGAUAGUGGAGAGGUGCAUGUGCUCCAUGCAGACAGGCACGACCAUGACCAAACUGAAGGGGAAGAAGAACGGACUGGUCCGCUUCUUCUUUCUGGACGAGCACAAAUCCUGCAUCCGCUGGCGGCCUUCGAGAAAGCAGGACAGAGCCAAAAUAUCCAUUGAUUCCAUUCAUGAGGUCUGCGAGGGCAAGAAGUCGGAGAUCUUCAGACGUUACGCAGACAACCGUUUCGACCCAAACUGCUGCUUCAGUGUCUACUUCGGGGAGCGUGUGAAGUCCCUGGAUCUGGUUUCCAACACCGCCGAGGAGGCCCGCACCUGGAUAACUGGGCUGAAAUACCUCAUGGCUGGGAUCAGCGAUGAAGACAGUCUGGCGCGCAGGCAGCGCACCCGUGACCAGUGGUUACAGCAGACGUUCUCUGAAGCUGACAAAAACGGAGAUGGAACCCUGAGCAUUGGAGAGGUUCACCAGCUGCUCCACAAGCUGAAUGUCAAUUUACCCAAGCAAAAAGUCAGAGAGAUGUUUCAAGAAGCAGACACAGAUGAGAUCCAGGGUUCUCUGGGCUUCGAUGAGUUCUGCUCCUUCUACAAGAUGAUUUCCACACGUAGAGACCUCUACCUGAUCAUGAUCUCCUACAGCAACCAGAAGGAAGUGAUGGAUCUGCACGACCUAGCACGCUUUCUGGAAAACGAACAAAAGAUGCGCGGUCUAACCAGAGAGCAUCUAGUUGACAUUGUAGCUAAGUUUGAACCAUGUCCUCUAAACCUCCAGCACAUGGUUCUGGGCAUUGAUGGUUUCACCAACUACAUGCGGAGUCCUGCAGGCGAUAUCUUCAACCCUGAUCACAAUCAGGUGAACCAGGACAUGACACAGCCUCUCUGUAACUACUUCAUCGCCACAUCACACAACACAUAUUUGACAGGAGACCAGCUGCUCUCUCAGUCAAGAGUGGAAAUGUACGCCUACGUUCUGCAAGCAGGCUGUCGCUGUGUAGAGGUGGACUGCUGGGAUGGGCCAGAUGGAGAGCCUAUAAUCCAUCAUGGCUACACUUUGACAUCUAAGAUUCUCUUUAAGGAUGUCAUUGAAACGAUCAAUAAAUAUGCCUUCACAAAAUCACAGUAUCCGGUGAUCUUGUCCAUAGAGAACCACUGCACUGUGCCACAGCAAAAGAAAAUGGCGGAGUACCUGAGAGAAGUCCUGCAGGACAAACUAGACCUUACUUGUAUCAAUGUCUACGAAUGCAAGAAGCUGCCUUCUCCUGAGAUCCUGAAGGGGAAAAUUCUGGUCAAGGGAAAGAAACUGCCAGUAAACAUAGAUCCUGACGCAGAGGAGGGAGAUGUUUCUGAUGAAGACACUGGAGAUGAGCAAGAGGAGGAAGAUGACAAUGAAGACAACAACUCACAGGAUGGGAACAGUCUAACUUCAGCUAAUCAGCCCAAGAAGAAAAGAAGAUUUGGCAGAUCGAUCAUACGAAGCUUCAAAAGAAAGAGAAAAAAGAAAAUACGAGUGAGAAACAAAGCUGUGUCUGAUGGUGAAUCAGACUACAGCACCAGCCGGGAGAGGACACAAAUCGUUUACCAUCCCAAAAAAAGAAAAACUAUGAGAUUGUCACGGGCGCUAUCUGACCUGGUCAAGUAUACAAAGUCUGUCCGUGUGCAUGAUAUAGAAACACAAGGAUUUGCAAGCAGCUGGCAGGUGUCAUCCCUAGAUGAGACUGUGGUGAAUCAGAUCCUGCAGCUGAAACCUGGCGAGUUGGUGCGAUUUAACCAGCGCCAACUUCUACGAGUUUACCCGUCAAACUACAGAGUGGACUCGAGCAACUUCAACCCACAGACAUAUUGGAAUGCUGGAUGCCAUAUGGUUGCAAUGAAUUACCAGACUGAAGGACGCAUGCUUGAACUGUACAGAGCCAAGUUUUCGAGUAAUGGAAACUGUGGAUACAUUCUGAAGCCUAAGCGCAUGUGUAAAGCUGCCUUUAAUCCCAUGCUGGAGGACCGACCUCCGGGACAAAAAAAGACACAGCUGGUGCUUAAGAUCAUCAGUGGGCAGCAACUGCCGAAACCCAAAGACUCCAUGUUUGGUGACAGAGGAGAGAUAAUUGAUCCUUUUGUUGAAGUUGAGAUCAUUGGUCUUCCUGUGGAUUGCUCCAAGCAGCAAACCAAAGUGGUGGACGACAAUGGUUUUAAUCCACUGUGGGAGGAGACCCUCGUUUUUAACAUUCAAAUGCCGCAGAUCGCUUUGGUGAGAUUCCAGGUGUGGGACCACGAUCCCAUUGGUCGGGAUUUCAUUGGACAAAGAACUGUGGCUUUGACCAGCAUGAUGCCAGGUUAUCGACACAUCUACCUUGAGGGAAUGGCAGAGUCCUCCAUCUUUGUUCAUGUAGCUAUCAUCGACAUGACAGGAAAGAUCAAACCGGCUCAUGCUGUACAAGCUGCCAGGAAACACAUCCAAAAAGCUGCAAAGAAGCACAUGAGGGGCCAGAACAGACAGCCGUCUCUGGACUUUUCCGUCAUGUCCUCAGAGGAUGGACGUCCGCUCUACGUCCACAGAGAUGUGGACAACAUCUCCCAGGACAGCAGAAACGGGGAGAUGUCUCCCAUGUUUCAGGGAGCAGCAGCAGCCAGAGCUGCCAUUCACAAAGGGGCCAUGAGCGAGCCAGUGAGGAGAGCUCACAGAGUGAAGAUUCACGAACCCCCGGAGGUGAGGAGAGGGCUCUUGUGCCGGAUGUCGACUGCUGACUCACAACACGGCGGGAUGGCUCCCUGUGUGAAAGAGGAAAGCUUUGACCUCUCCCCUUCCUCUGAGCUCUCAUAUCCUGAAAGCUCAGCCAUCAGCCAAAAUCAGGUCAGUCAGAACGAGCUGCCUCCAUCGGACUGUACUGAGCAGCACAGAGAAGAGGCAUUUCAAGCUGAGCUGUGCAAGGAAUCGGCACCAGAAGAAGAUGUUUUCACCGAAUCUGAGCAGCCACCAGAAUCUCCGAGUCCUGCCGACCCCGGUUAUUAUUUUCAGUCCAUCCCGGAGCCAAAAGCUGCAUCCUCCCCACUGAUCCCUCCGUCAUCCCCCGCCAGGGUUAGAAGGACUUUAGAGGCUCCCCCCUCCAAGCCAGCGCGUCCAAAAGUCCGCUCGCACAGCUGCCCCCGAAAGCAGACGGCCUCCCCCCAAACCCCAGCGGUGAAACACAAGGCAGCUUUUCACUGGCAGACACAGAAAGCCCUGAACUACACCAGCCACGGCGGGCAGGUGAGACGCAUUCCCAACGGCCUCCACCUGUCAGACAGCACGUCCAGCAGCAGCGACGGCAGCACCGAUAGCCUGGAGUUUGUGGCCCCCUUUGUCCCGGCGAGGCCCGAGCAGCAGGAGGGCACCUUGCAGAGGGAGAUGAAGGCCCUCUUUGAUCAGAAGAUGAGGGAAAUCCGCUGUAAAUCGCCACUUUUCCAAGACGAUUAGUCACUUAAACAACAUAUUCAAUAAGUUGAUGCUGAAA